AUGCGAAUGACAAUAAAGCCUUAUCUAUCUAUCUAUCUAUCUAUCUAUCUAUCUAUCUAGAAUCAUUUUCAAAAAAGGUUUGGGACAGAACCUUAAACAACACUAUCUUAGGAUCCAUUUCACCAUGCAAAGACCCUUUUAAGCAUGCCAAUGGUUCUAUAUAGAAGUCAUGCUUCUAAAUAAACCAAUUGCCUUUACUGAGGAACCCUUGAAGAACCAAGUGUGCAGCUAAACCAAAUAUUGAGACUGAACCGGUCGAAUGCUUGUACUGGCCUGUCAGAGAAAAAAACAGAUAUAUUUCUUUGAAACGUUGCAGGUUGUUCCUUUUUUUAUUCAGAGCUGUUAAACAGUGACUACUGAUUUUAAAACCUCGUGUGGACUUUUAAGACUUUUGUCUUGUGAAACAACAACAAAAACAGCCGUGUUUGCAAUGAGUUAUUUGUGCUGUUCAUAUCAGUUGUGUAAAUUGUAUGGACUAUGCUUGGUGAGGGGCUGGAAUACAUUCGGCUUGGUUUGGGGUGUAUAUAAAAUUUAUAUUGGGAGUUUUGUUGUGUUUUGUUUAUCUCAUUUUGUGUUGGGGUGGGCAAUCUGGCAACAGGAUCAUCAUAAUACUGAUUCAUAUUUAGUUUCUUCUGUAGAAACUGUAGUGUCACAUAAAAAUACUAUAAUCAUAAUACUCAUAAUGAUGCUACUGUUACUACUAGUAAUUCUAAUGAUGAAUAACCUUCAACCGCAGUGAUUUUUACAAACUGUUUUACAGGCUGCGCUGCCCUUGUUCUUUAAGCACUGAUGAUAUCCAGGAUGUGCUCAUAAAAGCAGAUUUUGUCAUAGUUUUUCUCAGUAAUGAUGAAAUAUUGUCAUACUGCUCACUUUAUUUUAUAUUAUAUUUUGUGUUUUUAGUAUUAGUCACAUGCAGAUGGAAAUUAAAUGUAAUGCAUCUCUUCCCUUUUGAGAUUAAUGUAUUUUCUGCUUGGUCCCUGGCAAAAGAACUAUAAUAAACUAAGCCAGACUAAACUAGACGAGUGCAUACUUUUAAGCCCUGGCAGCCAGGUGACACUGACACACAUGCUUCCUCUUUUGCAAAAAGAGAUGUUUGAACUCCCUCUGUUGACAUAGGCUAAUUCAGCUGGUGUUGUACUCCUGGAGCAAAUGCUAUUGGUUCAAAACCUUUUUGCGUUGAGCAACAGCUCACCAAGUAUGGUCAGCUCACCCCGGGACUAGUCAUUCUGUCCUGGAACACAGUGUUGUGCUCUGCACUUACAGCUUUUGUAGGAAUGGUAAUGGAAUGGAAGUAAAGUGAGAAAUGACAUUUCCGUGAAAAACAUCUCUUGGAAUCGGUGUUUACGAAAGAGUAGAGAGAUUGACAGUGCAAUGCAGCACUUACGACACUGCCAAGUACUCACUCGUGUUCUCCUUCCCAGCUCUCACAGUGCUCAGCAGCUGAAGAACAACAUCCCCCUGGCAUCUGCAUGUUCAGGACUUCUCUCUCUUCGCUGGGGGAGUGGCAGCAGCCAUCAGGGUCACAACUACUACAGCUCGAGGGGGCCAAGGUUCAGAUAUGUGUUGACAGGGCUAGUGGCUGGGACUGGAGCUGUGCUGGCCUAUGGACUUCAUCACAAUAAGGCUGAGCAAGCAGCUGCCUCGGUUACUCAUACAUCCUCCCUACCUGUUUAUUCCCAAGAAGAGGUUACGAAACAUUCCUCCCUGGACCAGGGCGUAUGGGUCACCUACAAGGGAAGCGUUUAUGAUAUCACUGACUUUGUAGCAAAACAUCCUGGAGGUGACAAAAUCCUGCUAGCCGCAGGUGGCGCUCUAGAACCCUUUUGGGCACUGUAUGCCAUUCAUGGUCAAGACCACGUUCUAGAAAUUCUCUCAGAGUACAAGGUUGGUGUUCUUCGACCAGAAGACUGCAAGAAGCAGGAGAUUGCCAAUUCUACUGACCCGUAUUCCACCGACCCACCUCGCCACCCUGCUCUCAUUGUCAACAGCUUAAAACCCUUCAACGGGGAACCUCCUCCCGCCCUCCUCACUGACAACUACAUCACUCCCUCCGCCCUCUUCUUCAAGCGCAACCAUUUUCCCGUACCCCAAGUAGAUCCCAGCAAGUAUAGGCUGCAGAUAGAGGGCCUUCUUGGUGGUACCAUCUCUCUGACUUUGGAAGAACUUAAGUCUCGUUUUCCCAAGCACACAGUAACUGCAACUCUGCAAUGUGCCGGAAACCGCCGUUCUGAUAUGCACAAGGCUAAACAGGUCAAAGGGCUUAACUGGGGAGUUGCAGCAAUAAGCAAUGCCACUUGGUCAGGCGCACGCCUGCGGGACGUCCUGUAUCACUACGGCUUUGACACAGAAGUGACGGCUAAGGCUCGGCACGUGCAGUUUGAAGGUUUAGACCUUGACGUGACAGGUACGUCAUACGGAGCAUCUAUUCCACUGAACAAGGCAGUGAGCGAAGAAGGAGACGUCCUUCUAGCAUAUGAAAUGAAUGGGGAGGAUCUCCCGAAAGACCACGGGUACCCUGUUCGUGUGAUCGUCCCCGGAACAGUUGGAGCCCGGAAUGUCAAAUGGCUGGGCAAGAUAAUUGUCAGCGAGGAAGAGAGUCAGAGUCACUGGCAGCAAAACGACUACAAAGGUUUCCCUCCUGGCACUGACUGGGACACGGUGGAUUACAAAUCGGCACCGGCCAUCCAGGAGCUCCCCGUUCAGUCGGCCAUCACACAGCCAGCAGAUGGUUCGAUAGUGGACAGCAACAUGGAAGAAGUGACCGUGAAAGGUUAUGCCUGGAGCGGUGGGGGAAGGGAGGUGGUGCGAGUGGACGUCUCUGUCGACGGAGGGAAGACGUGGCAUGUGGCUGAAUUCCAGAACAGUGAGGAAGGACAAAAGCCUGAACUCUCUCCCCCACCUGGGCAAGCUUGGGCGUGGAAACUGUGGGAGAUAACAAUCCCAUUUCCGGAAGGAGCUCAGGAGCUGGAGCUUGUGUGUAAGGCAGUUGACAGUAGCUACAAUUCUCAGCCAGACACGGUGCUGCCUAUUUGGAACUUGAGGGGUGUGCUGAAUAAUUCUUGGCAUCGAGUGAAGGUGAAAGUGAAUUGAGAUUCUGGAAGGAAAGGAAUGAAAACCCAAAGAGAGAUUUAUUGUAACUAAACUCAGGAAAGAAAGAGGCAUUAUAUUCAUUUUAGAUAUGGGUCCACUUGCUUGGCCAGUGUUUAGGCAUUCUGAAAUGAAGUUAGAGAUUUUUACAUCAACUGAGUUUGCAGUAUGUUGGUAUACUCAAUCCGUAAGUGAACAAAAGUAAUUGCUGCAGGUGGGCACAAAUCAUCAGUUUUUGGCUGUGAUAAAUAGAUGAAAUAAUUCCUUUCAUUUAGGGGCAUCAUUACAAUCAUAGCUCUACAUGUUUUGUAUAAAUAUUGAGCUUAUGAAACUGGAUUAGCAGAUCACUUGUGUUGACUGUCAACAACAGGAUUUUUUUCAUUUCACUUCUCGGCUCUCCAUUUUCCUGGGCACUUGUCAGCUCGUCUGGUGGUGCUUAAAGGGUUUUGUGUUUUUUUUUAAUGUAAAAUGCAGUUAAAAUGAGUUUUUAAAAAUAUUUUAAUGUAAAUUUCAGUUAAAAUUAGGAAGCAAAAAACUUUUAAGAACUCAGAUCUUAACUAUCCUUGUAAGUGCAGAUCAUAGAUCUGGCCAUGUGAAGAUAUUUAAAACCACAUAUUGCUUCUGUCAUAUUUUGAUUUUCACUUUUAGCCCAUUAUGUUAUUAUGUAAUAACACUGUGACUGCAGUAGCUCAGACAGUUGUUAAAGGUAUAAAAGCAAAGGAGUUAUGAGCACUCAGGAUUAUACAUGCUUCAUUUUGCUUUCUUAAAUCGUGUUAUAAUGCUCUGCUGGAAUGUUUUUCAGAGGAAUUUAUCAUAAAAGUAUUUUGGUUGAUUCAUUUUUUUUUUUUUGCUUUUUCUGGAAGGAAUAGUAAUAACUACAAUAAUAAUUUAAAAAUAGUAUAAUAUAAAUCUUUCGGGUUCAACUUAAUACUGACUUAUUGAUCAGUUUUGCAGGUGGGUUUAGUGAAAUUCAUUAUAUUUAUUUUAUUGCAUGAUGCAUAUGAAUUUUGAUGGAAGAUUUUUUUUUCAAUAAUGAUUAUAUGCUGGUUUUAUCAAAAAUAAACUAAAAAACAAAAACA